AUGCCGUUCAAGACUGACGGGUUGCUCUUUGAAUCUUUCCUUACAACCACCAUGUAUCACAUGUUGCAACAGAGCAACAACAACAACUCUUCAUCAUCUGCGAAUACCAGCUCACAACAACCUCCUCCCAUCACACUAGGACAAUUAGACAAGCUAUCUUUCUCCAUUCCCGACCUUAUAUUAGCUUCCCUGCUUGCAUGUACUCUCCUACUAGUGACCAUCUUUAUCAUCCUCUUCAACACGUGUUGGCAAAAGAAAGCUUUACGAUCAUCCAAAGGACACCAUCACUCCGAGAAUGCCAUGAAACGAAAUCAACGAAUCAUGAUUGGUCUGAUCCUUCUCCUCGUUCUCGUUCAAGCACUCGGAAUGACUUGUCGAUGUAUUUACACUUCCAUCAACAUGUCCAUUGUUUCUCUUGCACGACAAUUUGUUUCCACUCAUUACCCUACCAACAGUACACUCUAUAUGGAAACCUUUCUCUAUGAGAAUAGCUCUCUCAUCAUUACGGAUGCCAAUAUUCCAUACUCUCAUCUCGUGGGAAUGAAUGUGGCCAAUACUCUCGAGUUGUUGUUUACCUUAUCGAAUUUGAGUGUUCUCAUGUCCAUCAUGUGCUUUAUUGGUAAUGUGUUCAUUCGGACCGUGAAAUUAGCCAAUGCUCAAGAAUCAUUCCUAGGUGCUGGCUACAAGACUGCAACAUUCAUCUUUAAUGUUUCAACAGUUAUAUUUUCCUUAACAGUGUUGGCAGUGGUAUGGACAGUUGCCAUCAUGUCCUCCUUCAUCCGAUUGAAAUUAGUUCAGGAUAUUCAAAUUUACUUGUACGUCAUUGGAUUUCUGAUCUUUCUCUUCCAAAUAUUACUCCAAUUAGCUGCAACCAUUGCCAUUUCCUUCAAAGUUUUACAAGUUAUCAACUCGAAUCGUUCCAAACACAUCAAAAACAACUCUCAAAUGAAACGUGCCUUCAUUAAGGUCGUGAUUUUACAAGUGACUCUCACGCUGAGUGCCUUGCUUCAAAUUAUUGCUGUGGCUUUUGGUGCUGUCAUUUCCGAAUGGAAAUAUUUUAGUUUGUUUUAUUUGGUAUUGAAUAAUUUGGGAAUUUUAAUAUUUGCAGUGGUGGCAUUGGCCUUGUAUCAUCCCAUCUUUCAUUUUGGAAAUACCAAAGAGCAACCAAUUCCCACCUCGGACUAUCCGUAUCAUGAAAGUAUUUAUAGUACGAGAAAACGAAAUUCAAGUGCAUUGCCGAAUUCGACUGUUUCUUCGACAACGAGUACAAAUGCUGCAACCGUGAAUUCUCCAUGUUUGAAUGGAGCAAUGGAAACAACAGACUCCAACUCGCAUAGUUUGAAUGCUCCUUCUUCAACUUUACAAGAGCAACAACAAUUUGAAACACCUCCUUUCGAAAAUGGGACGCCAUGCCGUCCUGUCAUCAAAAGUGAAGACGCUCAUGUAUGA